UUUGUUUUUGCAUCGUAAUUUAUUUGUUGUUUGACAUCUUAAUUUUUGAAUAAUUUUACUUAUAUUUCUAAAGUUUUCAGCAUUGAUAGGGAAUUCAAGUUAAAAUACCCAUUGCGCGUUUUUUAAUUUGUACAUUUUUAUGAAGCCUGCAUUAUAAAAGAUAAAAAUAUUCUUCUGUCAUAUCUCAUUUAGUGUCUUUAUAGCCUUACAAUAUAUUAUUAUUUUUUUUAUUUUCAAGGGCUGAGUUAACAAUGCUACGAAAUUCAAUGAAACCCAUACAAGAAAAAUCAGUCAAAUUUACCGACCGAGAAAAGCUUCAAGAAAAAGUUUUGGAGCUAGAAAAGUUGCUGCUUUUGUCAAGAAAAGAAAAUGAGAAAAUGGUACAUAAUUUUGUGAAAACGAACGAAUUACUGUGCAAAUUCAUGGAUAAAUAUGCAGACGUAAAGGAUUCAGAAAAGUCUUCAGCAAAAGAAAUCGAGCGUCUUCGAAAAGAAAUAAAUGUUCUGAAUCAAGCUUUGGAGGAAAAGACAGCAGAAAUUAAAAAUAACACAACGACGGAAACUCAGACUGAAGACGUUUCGGAUGGAAAAGAAGAAAGAUCGUGUCUUACCAGUCAUAUGGGUGUUAACUUUAUAACACCAUCAAUGGAAAUGUUAUCACCAGCGAAAAAAAAAAUAUGUUCAACAUCGAAAUUUGCAUUUUCGGAUGGCUUGAAUAAGUAUGUAAGCAAAACUUUGAAAGAAAUUACUAAAGAACAUCUUCCUUAUUUACCUGAUAAAUUUACUGCACUUGAGGUAAGAAAGGAAGAGAUAAUUCUAAGCGAAGUUAUGAAAAGGAAGCAUGACAUGAUUGAAGAAGAUAAAGAGCUUCCAUUGAUCUCAAACAAACAUGAGCUCAAAUCUGUACUCUAUACUUCUGAUACUGUAGGAAGCAAAGAUGCGUGUAUCGCCAUUGACUCUGAUAAUUCAAAAGAAAAUUCUAUACAUGUUGACGAUGAGAAAAAUGAAGUUAAUUCUUUAAAGGAUGGUAAUAUAAAAAGCGAUAGUAUUAUUAAGAAUUCUUAUGAAUUAACCGCACUUAACGAACAACCUAAUAAAACUAAAGAAAAUGAAACUGAUAAUGAAAAGAAGAAUGAGCAGUUUCGUGACAUAAGUGGAUAAAAUCAUGCUUUCCAGUGAUAAAAGGAAUUGAAACAGUGAAAUUUUUUGCGUAUGUUAUUUUUAUGUUCUUUAAAGCAAUGUUACAUGAAAAUGUAUUUAGUGUAUUGUGUUAAUAUUCUUUCUGAUGUAUGGA